AUGAGGACCACGUUAUCUUCCUUUCUGCCAGCUCUGCUGGUAUUACAGACAUGCGCAGCAGCGUCAAACCAAGUUCCUUUGGGUAAGACUGCAUCGGAUGCAGGUACUGCUCAGGCUGAUCACCAAGACUAUGGCUUUGCUUCAGGAGAAACGGAGCCUUGGCCCGUGAGCCCUCUCAUCUCCAUCGCAGAACGAGUUCAGGAUGCAUGGGACAUUCUUCAAGCUACAAAGCCCUCCAACUCCCAAUUCAAAAAGCCUUCUGGGCUACUUGGGUACACUUUCUACUAUGGCCGCGAAGCCUUCCGGACUCUAUUCAUGAACGGGCCCACCUCAGGCAAGACCGAUCACAAACUUAGCGCGACUAUCACAAGAGCCGUUAAGGAGUUGAAAGUAGCGGCAGAGGAGGACUACGACCCGGAUGCGAUGUAUCUUCUGGCGGAAAUGAACUUCUACGGCAACUUCACCCACCCGCGCAACUUCGACGACGCUUUCCUGUGGUACAAUGAAUUGGCAGCCCUCACCGGAAACAACACAGCGCAAUCCAUGGUCGGAUUUAUGUAUGCGACCGGUAUUGGUAAUGCAGUUGAACGUGAUCAGGCCAAGGCGCUGCUGUACCAUGAAUUCGCAGCUGAAACUGGAAAUACACGGUCAGAAAUGACGCUCGCAUAUCGAUACCAUGCAGGCAUUGGAACACCCAAGGACUGUGAUCACGCUCUCAUCUACUACAAGAAAGUGGCCGACAAGGCCAUGGCCUACUUUCGGUCUGGUCCGCCAGGAGGACACGCUAUGUUUAGAGAGUCUUACCGCUGGGCGGAUGAAGAAGGUGGUGUUUAUGGAAAAGGAGCUAGCGUUUCAAGCGCCGGGCCCAAUGCGCAAGAAUCUGCUCACCCCAGUGCCGAUGCUAGUGUGGAAGAUGUUCUGGAAUUCUUGGACCUGAUGUCGCACAAAGGGGAGCUCAAAGCCACUUUUACUCUUGGGAAGAUGCACUAUGACGGUGCUCGUAGUAUGCCCCGGAAUUUCCCCAAAGCCAGGAACUAUUUCCAGACCGUCACCAAGAAAUACUGGAACCCUAAGGAUGGGUCUGUUAACAAGAAUCCACCGGAGGGACUUGAGAAGCUGGCCGCUAAAACGGCCGGACAUCUUGGCCUCAUGUAUCUCCGAGGAGAGGGUGUGAAGCAAAACUUUGCCACUGCGCUGUUUUGGUUCCGUCGAGGUGUGGCCAGCGGAGAUGCACUCUGUCAGCAUGAGUUGGGGCUCAUGUUCCUCCAUGGCUAUGGUGUAGCUCAAGAUGCAUACACGGCAUCUAAUUACUUCAAAGCAGCUGCAGAUCAAGAUAUUCCUGCGUCGGAAACAAGACUGGGCGCAUUAUUCUUGGAUCAAGGGGAUGUGGCAACUGCGAUGCGUUACUUCGAGCUCGCUGCUCGUUGGGGCUAUAUGGAGGCUUACUAUUACCUUGCCGAGAUGGCGAAUUAUGGCGUAGGAAGACAACGGCACUGCGGAGUGGCUGCUGCCUACUACAAAAUGGUUGCUGAAAAGGCCGAGAUGAUUCACUCAGCAUUUGGAGAGGCCAACUCUGCCUAUGAGGCUGGAGACAAGGAAGGUGCCCUCGUUCCAGCCAUGAUGGCUGCAGAGCAAGGCUAUGAAUAUGCACAGGCCAAUGUGGCUUACCUUCUCGAUGAGCAGCAUUCCUUGUUCUCUCUAAAUGCUUUCCUUCCAUGGGCUGAGAAGGUUCGGUCUUCGCUGCUACGCAACACAGCACUGGCCCUGAUCUACUGGACUAGAUCAGCAAAACAGGCCAAUAUUGAUUCUUUGAUCAAGAUGGGUGAUUAUUAUCUAGCUGGUAUCGGUAUAGCCUCCGAUGCUGAGAAGGCUUCGACUUGUUACCACAACGCUGCCGAGGCUCACCAUAGCGCACAGGCUUACUGGAACUUGGGCUGGAUGCACGAGAAUGGUGUUUCAGUGGCUCAGGAUUUCCACAUGGCCAAACGAUACUACGACUUAGCUCUUGACGCUAAUAAAGAGGCAUAUCUACCGGUCAAGCUAAGUUUGCUGAAAUUGCGAGCACGAGGAUUUUGGAAUCGCAUCACCAACGGUGACAUUAACCCAAUUCGCGAUGACGAAGAUGCUCGACCCCGUCGCACCCUCCGCGAAUGGAUAACUGCCUUCAUUGCAAAUGACGCGGCGGCGUAUUAUGAAGAGAUGUACGAGCGGAGAGAUGAGGGCGACGACUACUUGACCACACGAAGCCUCGACUCAGAGCACCAUGAAGAUGGCUACUACGAUGACAUGGACUUUGACGUUGACGAGAGUGUUCUCGAGGGCUUGCUCAUUGUUGGAUUAGCAGCUACUCUUCUCGUUCUGGUGUAUAUCCGCCAGCAGCAUCGACGUAGGCAGAACGCGAACAAUGCGAAUCGGGCCAACGGAAUCUGGAAUGGGAACGAGAACGCAAACGUAGACGCAAACAAUGCCAAUGUGAAUGGCGAUCGUGGCGUAUUCCCCCAGCCUGGCGACCCUGAGUUUGCACAGUGGGUUGCUGGCGGUGUUGGUCAUUGA